ACCAUAAAUAGAAACAUCAUAAAUUGAACCCAGCGUACGCUUAUCAACACAACAGUGAAUCAUGGCUUACAAAUGGGUGCAGUCCUCGGGCGUAUGCAUCGCUGCCACAACAUGCCGUUGUCGGUGGCAAUGAUGAGGAUGGCGCCAUGAUAUAUGUGGGUCGGGCGGAGCACGAUGGCAACAUGCUCGUCUGCAAGGUGGUGCCCAGCAAGCAGAUCGGCUACAUUUCGCUGCGCGGCGAAGCGCUGCCCAAGGACAAGUUCGAGAUGUUGUGCGGCGAGAAUCUGGCAUGGAGCAAGUGCUACGAUCAUGUUAUACCCGAUACGGCCGUGCUCUGCGGUCGUACUUCGCUGGAUCAACCGGUGUACAUUGGACGCGGUCACUACGAGGGUCAUCUGAUCAUUGGCAAAAUAUCGUCGGUGCAUCGGGCUCUGUUCAUUGCCUAUCGCGGUGCUGAGCGUCGUCUGGACUCGUACGAGAUACUUGUGGAGGGGGAACGUUCGGUGCCCGGCUGGCAAUUGCCGCCACCGCCCAUGUCCAUGGAGUUGGCGGAAAAGUGCCCGCUAACACCACCGCCACCACCACCGCCGCCAGCAAUUGCCCGUAAGCCCUAUCCAUAUCCGCCAGACUUUGAUGCGAUGCCCUUUCCGCUGAACGACAGGCCGCCACAGUACACGCCCAUGCCGAUGCCCGGCGCAAGUCCAUUUGCAGCAGGAGCACCACCACCACCACCACCAGAGCCAACGAUCUUGCCCACAUACAAGCGACCACUUGCCGUUCCAGUUGGCAUACCACCCAAAUCCCAUCUGCCGCCAGCCUAUACGCCAGCAACGAUGGUGCCAGCUGCCACGGUUGGCUUUACACCAGCUCAGGUAGCACCACCUUCUGCUUCCUUUGUUAUGCCGGCAGAGACUUAUAAGCCACCGCUGGAUCCCUAUGCGCCCAGCUGUUCCUCCUACACGCCGGCCGAGUGUGCACCAUCCUACAGCGGUCCAUCCACCCAUGGAGCCAGCACCGACUAUGAUCUGUGGAUGGGUGCCAGUCCCGGUUAUACGCCACCCGAUGCCGUCUUCGGUGGUCACGACAGCGAUAUGGCGCCGCUGCUCGUCUGUCGCGCCUUCUACGCUGGAUCGCAUAUUCCGGGCAAGGCGGCACCCAGUCAUGGUUGCGCCUACAUCGCACAAGCCGGACGCGAGCUGGUCGAGUCACGCUACGAGGUGCUCAUCGGGCAGUCCAAGUACCACUGGGUGCCUGGCUGCGAGGGCAGCAUCGCUGCCGGCGCCGUCGAGGCGGGACGUGCCAGCAAUGGAGAGCCGUUGUUUGUUGGACGUGGACACUAUUGUGGCAGUCUGACGCCCGGCAAGAUUCAGCAGUCGCAUCGCUGCCUGCAAAUACCAUUUGGGGGGCAGGAGGUGCGCAUCAGCAGCUAUGAGAUCCUUGUGCGCAGUGACCUUUAUCAUCGCCAUCAGGCCAUCAAUUUGAGCUACUAAAUCCAAGCCAACUUUGGACAAGAAAACAAAGUUGGUUUUUUGAAAAAGAAAAUAUUCAUAAGAAACUCAAUCAAAAAAAAAAAUGGAAAAACAUUCCCAAAAAGUAUCUAUUACCUUACAUAUCUGACUAAUAUCUGACUUUGAUAAUGGUAAAAAAAAUACUUGGAAAAUUGAUAUAAACCAUUUAUUCAACAGCUAUCAAGUUGUAAAUAUUUUUAACAGUUUUACUUUUUCGUUUUACUUUUACUUAUCAAGCAUAUCAAGCAUAAAAUGCUCAAAAUUAAAAAAAAAAA